AUGGACACUGUCGAGGGCAGCCUAAUCUCGGCAAGUCCUUCUGAAAUUUGCUGCUGUCUCAAUGCAGCUGCUCUGCCCUCCGAUGCUCCUAAAAACACAUCAGUGUCUGUGUUUCCAUCUAACUCUGUACUAGAGGGCAGUUCAGUGACUUUGAUCUGCAGCAGUGAUGGAAAUCCAGCAGUGUUCAACUACACCUGGUACAGAGAGAAUGGAGGACAGAUGAAGGAGCUGCAGACUGGAUAUAAUCUCACCUUCAAUGUGACUGAUCGUACACACACAGGAUGCUACUACUGUCAGACCAAAAACCAACAUGGUACCCAAAACACAUCAGUGUUGCUGGACAUUCAGUAUGCUCCUGAAAACACAUCGGUGUCUGUGUUUCCAUCUAACUCUGUACUGGAGGGCAGUUCAGUGACUUUGAUCUGCAGCAGUGAUGGAAAUCCAGCAGUGUUCAACUACACCUGGUACAGAGAGAAUGGAGGACAGCUGGAGGACCAGACUGGAUAUAAUCUCACCUUCAAUGUGACUGAUCAUACACACACAGGACGUUACUACUGUCAAGCCAAAAACAAACAUGGUGCCCAAAACACAGCAGUGUUGCUGGACAUUCAGUAUGCUCCUGAAAACACAUCAGUGUCUGUGUUUCCAUCUAACUCUGUACUGGAGGGCAGUUCAGUGACUUUGAUCUGCAGCAGUGAUGGAAAUCCAGCAGUGUUCAACUACACCUGGUACAGAGAGAAUGAAGGACAGCUGGAGGAGCUGCAGACUGGAUAUAAUCUCAUCUUCAAUGUGACUAAUCGUACACACACAGGGCGCUACUACUGUCAAGCCAAAAACAAACAUGGUGCCCAAAACACAUCAGUGUUUCUGGACAUUCAGUAUGCUCCGGAAAACACAUCAGUGUCUGUGUUUCCAUCUAACUCUGUACUGGAGGGCAGUUCAGUGUCUUUGAUCUGCAGCAGUGAUGGAAAUCCAGCAGUGUUCAACUACACCUGGUACAGAGAGAAUGGAGGACAGCUGGUGGAGCUGCACACUGGAUAUAAUCUCACCUUCAAUGUGACUGAUCGUACACACAAAGAACGCUACUACUGUCAAGCCAAAAACCAACAUGGCACCCAAAAUAUAUCAGUGUUGCUGGACAUUCAGUACGCACCCAAAAUCUCUCUCUUCAGCUGUAACAGAACUGAUGUAACUGUGUGUUUGUGUGAGGCUCAUGGGAAUCCCUCUCCUAAAGUGGAGUGGCAUCUAUCUGGACGUCCUGUCAGUAACUCUACAAACACAUUCAUCAGUGAGGAGCGAUUGAGCAGCACAGACUUGAGGAGCUUCAUUUCUCUCCAUCAGUCACUUACACACACAGACACUCUGCAGUGUGUCAUCAUCAACACUCACAGCACUGCCAGUCAUCAGAUUCAACUGCUUCGAUUUUCUCAUGAGACAACUGGUUUCAGUCUUUUCUCUGUGCUGAUUGGAGCUGCUAUUGGAGCUACAGUAAUGAUGAUCUUGUGGGUCAUUCAACAUCUCUGUAAACGAUCCUUAAAGUCAAGACGAGAAGAUACCACUGGACUUAUUCUGACUGACAGGGAGAACGAAGAACCUGUUUAUGGCAAUAAAACUGAUGAAGAAACUUCAAUGAAUUGCCAAGAAUCUCUUCAUUAUUCCUUCAUUGACUUCACAAACACCCAAAUCGAGUCAGAAGAGAUCAGGGGCAUCUCCUCACUUACUGCUGAUUAUGCUGUUCUCCGACAUUAUUCAGGACAAGAGGAAGAAAAGAGCUCUGUGGGAAGCGUUGAACCUCUGACCAACAGCAACAUCUCAACAGUUGAGAUAACAUACAGUAAACCAGGAGAUCUACAAUUUAACAUCAGUACAGACACUGAGCAAGAUCAGUCAAAGAAAACAGAUUUGCAGUCAGAUGAAGAUAUUUAUGCUGAAGUAAAACGCUGCCACCUAAAGAACUAAACGGUCACUUUCUAAUAUUUGAAAUUUUGUGCCAUGACAUUUUAAAUUUUAAACAGUCAUUCCAAAGAUUUAAAAAAAAUAAUUGUGAUUAUUCUGCAAUUAACAUGAUUUUAUGUUUUUCCUUUACAUGUAUUUUUGUGUGUGUAUAAUAUUUUUCAUAGUUGAAUUUAAUUAUUUUCUUUAAUCUAUGAUUGUAGGGAUCCUCAAACAUGUUAAAAUAAAAAUCAUAAACUUUUGUUAGGUUUGAAAAUAUAUCUAGAAGAAUAUGCUGAUGUGAACAUUAAUACACCAUUGGGUAAAACAAUAAUAGCAAUAUUCAAUGAAAACUUUGCAAUGUUUAUUCAUUGUUAACCUUGCUUGUUUUGAGUUAUUUUAUUUAAUUUUUAAUUGUUGUUUUGUGUGCUCUGUGAUUGUGUGUGUUUAUAAUAUGAAUAUAAAAUUGAAGUUAACAUGUUUAUUUCCUCAUUAUUUUAACUUGAACAAUGGGACCAGUAGAGGGCAGCUUUAUGCAUUCAGUGAGUUCUUUGCUUCCUUGAUGUCACCAAAGUCAGAGGGAAAAAGUAGGCCUAUAAUAAAUGUUUUCAAAAUGAACAUUUAAACUAGAAUCAAAUUAACUAUCAUGUUAAUGUUAAUACAUGUAGUUUGGAAUGUGGAUAACUCACAUGCAUGUCAUGAACAAUUAUUAGUUUGGGAUUUUAUUAUUGUACUAUUAUUCAGUUUAUUUUAUGCACAUAUGCCCGAGGAAGCUGAAGACUGAUUGUUAUGAGCAAAAAAAUAUAAUUCAAUUAUUAAACAAUUAAAGUAACAGAUGAAUGUUCAUUUCGUAAGGGGUAAUGUGUAGGACAAGCUACAUUUUAGAUGAAUUGAAAUAGCAGGCCUUCCUGUUUCUUAAGCUGGGGACACACUCAGUGGCGUAGCAAGUAAGUCCUGGGCCCAUAUGCAA